AAGCCAGCGAGGCGGAGAAGGCGCGAGAGCGCGCUUUUGGAAGCAGAGCGGGCGAGGAAGGAAGGAAGCCGAGGGAGGCCAGCGUGGGUCCAGUGCAGCCGAGGCGAGGCAAGGCAAGGCAAGGCAAGGCAAGGCGCCGGGUCCGCUCUCCGCGCCGCUUCCUUGGAUGUUGGAGUGGGCGAAGAGGAGCCAGGUCAGGAGGCAUGCGGCAGCUCCGGCCGGGCGGCGUCGGGCAGAGGAGCCCGGCUUCCCUGCAGCCCUUGGCUCUCCUCCUCCUCCUCCUCCUCCUGCUACGCGCGCCCAGCUUGGCAGCAGCCCCUCAAGGAACAAAUACAUCUGCUGUUGCUGCCGCUGCUAAUUUAAUACCUACACCGUCAUGGAACAUGUCAAGUGACCUGGACAAAGAUUAUUUCUUGACUCUUGAUGAGCCUAUGAACAAUAUCACCACUACGCUAGGUCAGACAGCAGAACUACACUGUAAGGUAUCUGGAAAUCCUCUUCCAACUGUCCGUUGGCUGAAAAAUGAUGCUCCUGUCGUACAAGAACCCAGAAGGAUAUCUUUCCGUGCCACAAGCUAUGGGUCCCGAUUGCGAAUACGAAAUCUUGAUACAACAGACACUGGUUACUUUCAAUGCGUGGCAACAAGUGGCAGGAAAACCGUUUCUACAACUGGGGUCCUCUUUGUGAAAUUUGGCCCUCCUCCAACAGCCAGUCCAGGAACAUCUGAUGAAUAUGAAGAAGAUGGGUUUUGCCAGCCGUACAGAGGAAUUGCAUGUGCAAGGUUUAUUGGAAACCGAACCAUCUAUAUGGAAUCUCUUCAUAUGCAGGGUGAAAUAGAAAAUCAAAUUACUGCUGCUUUCACUAUGAUUGGGACCUCCAGUCAUUUAUCUGAUAAGUGUUCGCAGUUUGCCAUUCCUUCUCUGUGCCAUUACGCUUUCCCGUAUUGUGAUGAAACAUCUUCCGUCGCAAAGCCACGGGAUCUGUGCCGUGAUGAAUGUGAAAUUCUAGAAAAUGUCCUUUGCCAAACUGAGUACAUCUUUGCGAGAUCCAACCCGAUGAUUCUCAUGCGUUUAAAGCUACCUAAUUGUGAAGAUCUUCCACAACCGGAUAGCCCUGAAGCUGUCAACUGUAUCCGCAUUGGCAUUCCUAUGGCAGACCCAAUCAAUAAGAACCACAAAUGCUAUAACAGCACAGGAGUAGACUACCGAGGGACCGUGAGCGUCACAAAAUCAGGGCGGCAGUGUCAGCCAUGGAAUUCCCAGUAUCCACAUACACAUACCUUCACAGCUAUCAGAUAUCCAGAGCUGAACGGGGGCCAUUCCUACUGCCGUAAUCCAGGCAAUCAGAAAGAGGCUCCGUGGUGCUUCACCUUAGAUGAAAAUUUUAAAUCGGAGCUUUGUGACAUCCCAGCCUGUGACACAAAAGACUCCAAGGAAAAGAGUAAAAUGGAAAUCCUCUAUAUAUUGGUGCCAAGUGUCACAAUUCCCCUGGCAAUUGCCCUACUGUUUUUCUUCAUCUGCAUGUGCCGUAACAACCAGAAGUCUUCCUCCCCUCCGGUCCAGAGACAGCCUAAACAUGUCCGAGGGCAGAACGUAGAGAUGUCUAUGCUAAAUGCAUACAAACCAAAGAGCAAAGCUAAAGAGCUACCUCUUUCUGCUGUCCGCUUUAUGGAAGAGUUGGGUGAAUGCGCUUUCGGGAAAAUCUACAAGGGACAUCUUUAUCUGCCAGGCAUGGACCAUGCUCAGCUGGUGGCAAUAAAGACACUGAAGGACUGCAACAAUCCACAGCAGUGGGCAGAGUUCCAGCAGGAAGCCUCUUUGAUGGCCGAGCUGCAUCAUCCCAACAUUGUUUGUCUCCUUGGGGUUGUGACUCAGGAGCAACCGGUCUGCAUGCUUUUUGAGUACAUGAACCAGGGGGACCUGCAUGAAUUUCUUAUCAUGCGAUCGCCGCAUUCAGAUGUUGGAUGUAGCAGUGAUGAGGAUGGUACUGUGAAAUCCAGUUUAGAUCAUGGGGAUUUCCUUCACAUAGCUGUCCAGAUUGCAGCAGGAAUGGAAUACUUAGCGAGUCAUUUUUUUGUUCAUAAAGAUCUAGCGGCUCGCAACAUUUUAAUUGGAGAACAGCUCCAUGUGAAGAUUUCCGAUUUGGGAUUGUCAAGAGAAAUAUAUUCGGCGGACUAUUACAGAGUUCAGAAUAAGUCCCUUUUACCCAUACGUUGGAUGCCUCCAGAAGCCAUUUUGUAUGGCAAGUUUUCUUCUGAUUCAGACAUCUGGUCCUUUGGUGUUGUCCUGUGGGAGAUUUUCAGCUUUGGUCUCCAGCCUUAUUAUGGAUUUAGUAACCAAGAAGUCAUAGAAAUGAUUAGGAAACGACAACUUUUGCCAUGCUCUGAAGACUGCCCUCCUAGAAUAUACAGCCUGAUGACAGAAUGCUGGCAUGAGUUACCCCCUCGGAGGCCAAGGUUUAAAGACAUCCAUGUCAGGCUCCGCUCUUGGGAGGGGCUGUCGAGCCACACCAGCUCUACUACGCCUUCUGGUGGAAAUGCUACCACUCAAACAACUUCUCUCAGUGCAAGCCCAGUUAGUAACCUAAGUAACCCUCGAUACCCUAACUUCAUGUUCCCAGCACAGGGUAUACCACCAGGCCAAAUUGCUGGAUUCAUUGGCCCGCCGAUACCUCAGAACCAGCGAUUUAUUCCUAUUAAUGGAUAUCCAAUUCCUCCUGGAUAUGCUGCUUUUCCAGCUGCCCACUUUCAGCCAGCAGGCCCACCAAGGGUAAUCCAACACUGCCCUCCACCAAAAAGCCGUUCACCAAGCAGUGCCAGUGGAUCAACUAGCACGGGCCAUGUGACUAGUUUGCCUUCUUCUGGAUCCAAUCAGGAUGCAAAUAUUCCUUUGCUGUCUCACAUGUCAAUGCCGAACCAUCCAAGUGGGAUUAGUAUAACUGUUUUUGGAAAUAAGACUCAGAAGCCCUACAAAAUUGACUCUAAACAGGCAUCUUUAUUAGGAGAUUCCAAUAUCCACGGUCAUAAUGAGACAGUGAUUUCAGCAGAAAUCUAAACAAGUGAACACUUUGUUAAUAACACUAUUUACAAUAUGAAUUAGGACAAUGUAGAUGAGAUUUAUAUUCAAAUAUUUUAUCGGAGAUUCUUCUGGCUAUAUAUAGAGAUAUUUGCAAUAAGUAUCUUCUGUGAAGUGUAUUUGUGCUUAAGAGGAUCACCAAGUGCCAACAGACUAUUUUUUUCAAGUAGCCAACACACAGCAUCUUGAAUGCACAUUUAUUUUACAAUUCUUAAGUAGAUAGUUGGGGGGAAUGGUGUGGUUGAUUUUUUAAAAGAAACAUAACUUUAAAGCAUGAACUUUCUGCCUCAGUAAUGUUAUUUUCUUUGGAAAACUUUUUUUUAUUUGUCAUUGUCAUGGAAUGCAAUGACACUUAUGGAGAAUGGAAGUUUCCCUCAUGAAUAGUCUUACAUGUUAUAGAAGCAUCACAAAAAAGUGAAAGUCAAGUGUAAAACAAAAGUUAAGUGUAAAGCGGUGUAAAAGCUAAUUUACGAAUGCGCUUUCAAACUGUUCUAAUUGCACACAUUGGGCACUGAAUUGAUCGUUCCCCAUCCUAUUCUAAAUAACAUCCACAUAAUCAGAAAAUAGAUGUACCAUAUCGAAGCAGAAUAGACCAUUUCUGCCCCUUCCAGAAUAAAAACUCAAUAUGUUCUGGAAUACCAAGUUUUAGCAUAUGGUAAAACACACACACUGGAGGCACAGCAGGUUAAACUGCUGAACUUGCUGACCAAAAGAUUGGUAGCUCGAAUUCAGGGAGCAGGGUGAGCUCCCACUGUUAGGCCCAGCUUCUGCCAACCUAGCAGUUCAAAAACAUGCAAAUCUGAGUAGAUUAAUAGGUACUGCCUUGGUGAAAAGGUAAUGGCACUCCAUGCGGUCAUGCCAGCCACAUGACCUAGGAGGUGUCCAUGGACAAUGCCGGCUCUUAAGCUUAGAAGUAGAGACAGGCACCACCCCCAGAGGCAGACACAACUAGACUUAAUGUCAGAGGAAACCUUUACCUUUACCUUAAAAACACAUGAUUUUGUGUUAAGGCAUACAAUAUAUUCACAUGACAAUAGUCCAAGACACCAGAAUCAUUAAAGAA